AUGCAUCUCACGCUCGAGCCCAUUGACCCAACCGACUUUGAUCCCAACCUCCUUGUCUACGUCCGCAAAUAUUCCUACGGCGUCAACAUCUGCUACAUGCUUAUGUACACCUCGCUGUGGUGUGUCAAGCUCUCCUUCCUGCUCUUCUUCUACCGGCUCGGGCCCCGCCUUAUCCAGGGCAUGAAGUGGCACUGGUGGGGCGUCGCGAUCUUUACUAUGCUGGCGUAUGGCGCGACGUUUGCGACGUAUCCGUACAUGUGCAGCUUCGGGACGUACGAGCAGAUUAUGCAGCCGUAUUGUACGGCGGAGCAGACGUUGAGUUUUGUAAACAUGAAGGUUAAUGUGGUGUUGGACGUGGUGACGGAUAUCCUCAUUAUGACGAUCCCGCUCAACAUCCUCUGGCGUUCGCGAAUUCCGCUGCGCCAAUCUCUCGCCCUCGCCGGCGUUUUCUCCCUCGUUCUCAUUACUAUUACAUUCGCCAUUGUUCGCGCGGCAUUAUCCACGAUUGGUGUUACGAAGCAGAUGGAUUCUCCGUGGGUACUUAUAUGGAGUGGUGCUGAGUCGAAUAUUGCAAUCGUGGUUGCGAGUAUCGGGUCUUUCCGCAUGCUGUUUGUGCAGAAUAGGAGGGUGGAGGGAAGGCAGCGAGAUGAGGUUGGGGCGAGGAGAAGAAGGAUGGAUAAGUCGACAACAAUGGCACAGGGGGCAAGCGUAGAGGAAAUGGCGAGUGUAGGCGGCAGUACCGAAUGGACCGGAGUAGGCACGGUGGAAAGUACCUUACCUGCACCCAGCAACCGCCCUAGUUUGCGUCACCGUCGCAACGCUUCCAGCCGGCUUAACCUCCAAUCAGAAAACAUGGGCCUCUCUUCCUUCACAGGCAUCCGCCGUGCGAGUGAAACGUACGUGAACACCCGCCGCAACCGGGUCCAGGCAGGCCGGUCCUCUUCUUCGUCACUCUCAUCCAUCUCCUCCACAACUGCUCAGUCAACUCCAGACUGUGCCCCCUCGCCAGUGUCCGAAGGCAAGAAGGUGCGUUUUGUCCACCCUGUCGUCACCGCUGUAAUCAAGUCCAAGAUCUACGAGAUGAAGGUGCGUUUUGCUGAGCCACUGACAAGCAUUCCUCCGCGUAGCAAGGAGGAGCGUGCGGUGUUGUGUCUGCCGGGCACUCCAUAUCAGAAAAAUAGUGGGCCGAUUUGCGAUAAUGCUCCGGGUCAUUAUGCGAGGAUGUGCAUGUGCUUCACAGAGAGCUUUCCGGAGUUUUCAGAGGAAGGUUACACGGAUCCUUUUACAUUCAAGUAUAAUGGACGUGUGUAUGCCGAUGACAACAAGAUGUUUCGGGGCGCUACUGUUGAAGAGCAGGAAGAGGGCCUUUGA